GGAGACGAGGCCCAGCUGCGGCCCACUCGACGAGCUUCGAAGCUGAGCGGGCGUUCUUUGCGCACCGAGCGCUGGACUGAGCGGUCAGUGGGACACGGCCUAACCGCGAGUAUGGACGCAGGGCUGCGGUUUGCGACCUUCGUCGCCGCGGCUGCUGCGAUGCUCGCCACAUCUCCAACCACAGCCGAGUACUCGUCAAGAGAUCGGCCUCGGAUUGUGCUGGACAACGGCAACAUGGUGUUCCAGGUGCCCAGCGCUAAGAAUAUCAGCUUCCGUACCACCUCAGGACGCGGUGGCAUUUUACUCAACGGGCGUGACGUCGCUGAGGUCCUCGCCAAGGUCUCAGAGGCAGCGCGGACUAUUGAACCAAUAGCGACGAACACUCAGCUGCAAGAACUGGCAGAAACUGUGGAGACCGUGACGACGCUGCGCUCGCAAAUGGGCCAGUUGAGCACAAAAUGUCAACAGCUGCAAACGAAGGUUCGGAGGUUAGAGGCGAAUUUCACUCGGGUGGUGAGAGUAUCCAUAAACCGGCUGGUGACGGCGCUUCGAAGACUCCGCAAUGGUCUGAACCAAGAUCCCUGUGCCUCAAAUCCAUGCAGCCACGGUGGCACAUGCAUUGGUCGCUUCAACGCAUUCACCUGCAUCUGUCCACCGUCAUGGGAGGGACCUCGGUGCGAAGUGGACGUGGACGAGUGCUCCCACUUGGCGGGAAGUGAUCUCGGCUGCCAAAACAACGCGCGGUGCAUAAAUACGCCAGGAAGCUACCGCUGCGAGUGCGCCCAAGGGUUUUACGGGGCUCGUUGCACCGAGAGUCAGGAUAGCUGCACGACAACGAGCUCGCACUCACUCUGUGACCACGGGACCUGCGUCAGCCUGCCACGGACCAACAAUCCGCCGUACAUGUGCCUGUGCGAACAAGGUUGGACCAAGGGUUUCGGCCAGCCGUCGUGCUCCGUGGAUGUGGACGAGUGCAGUACGGGUCAUCAUUUCUGCUCAAGAAACCCGCCCGUGGCCUGCAUCAACUAUCCGGGAGGCUUCGGAUGCGCACCAUGCCCGAGUGGUUAUUCGGGAGACGGCUACACCUGCUCCGAUAUCGACGAGUGUCUCGUCAACAAUGGCGGUUGUUCCCAGAAUCCUCGCGUAGACUGCUACAACACCGUGGGCUCCCGCUUCUGCGGUCCUUGCCCCCCAGGAUACGUUGGUGACGGUGUGAGCUGCAGUUACGUUGGCGCUUGCAACGUCAAUAAUGGAGGCUGCAGUCCCAUAGCCACGUGCAUUGUUCGCUCGGGCACAUUCCACGAGUGCCGCUGUCCGCCGGGCUACGUGGGCAACGGAGUGGGACCGAGCGGCUGUCUGCGCCAAGGCGAACCCGGAGUCGGCCCAUCUCAGCCCCAGCCGGUCCCGGCGUUGCCCCCCGUUUUGGAUCCGUGUGCGGCACAGCCCUGCAGGCACGGCUUCUGCCAGGUCCGUGGCAACGACUUCCUGUGCGUCUGCGAAACCGGCUACUCGGGUCGGCUGUGCGAUAGCACGAGUGACGGAUGUUCCAGCUCCCCAUGCCUUAACAACGGCACGUGCAGCGGUGGACCUGCGGGUGGUUUCGUGUGCAGCUGUACUCCGGACUGGACCGGACCCACCUGCGACGAACCGAGGCUGAGCUGUGAUGACACUCUGUACGGCAUCAACGGAACUCUUCGCUACCCUGAAAACGGCGGCCAGUACACUCACAAGCGUGAUUGCAGGUGGAUCAUCCAGACAAAGAAUGAAAUGGUGCUGAACCUGACCUUCACCACGUUCCACCUGGAGGAGGGUCACGAGUGCGCGUUCGACUACCUGGAGAUCCACGACGGCCCCACGUCCGCCCGCCGCACCAUUGGCCGCUACUGCGGCACUCAGCUGAGCGGCAGCAGCAUUGUAUCGAGCCAGUCGGACCUGUACUUGCACUUCCACUCGGACAGCUCGGUCGGCGCCGAUGGGUUCGUCAUCGAGUGGACCAGCAUCGAGCCUCAGUGCGGCAAAGUGAUGCCGGUGGCUAACGUGGGUGCGGUGAGUUCUCCGGGAUACCCCGACCACUACCCUUCGAACCGGGACUGCUUGUGGACGCUGGCUGUGCCGACAGGAAAGAGGAUCCAGCUGCACCUUGCCACCGUGCAGAUGGAACACCACCCUAACUGCUCCUACGACUACUUGAAGAUCUACGACGGUGCCACCGAGCAGGACCGCCAGCUGGCCGUCUUCUGCGGCACCAACAACACAGCCAGCGAGCGCCCCAUCCUCAGCUCCGGGCACAACAUGCUCAUCCAGUUCCAUUCGGAUGAGUCCAGCACCGACACUGGCUUUUACGGCACCUAUGCUGCGGUACCAUCGAUCCCUGGUUGCGGUGGUGUCAUGUCACGUGACAAAGGCCGCUUCACGUCGCCGGGCCACCCGAACCCUUACGAGAACGGGCUGCUGUGCGAGUGGGAGAUACGAGCGUCGCCAGGCGAACGACUGCGCCUCGUCUUCGAACGCUUCGACCUAGAAAGCCACCCGGUGUGCAAAUGGGAUGCCCUGGAGGUCUACGACGGCAGCGACGAUCGGUCACCGCUCCUGCGUCGUAUGUGUGGCGACUCCACUCCUUCUCCCGUGCUCUCAACGGGCAGCUCGCUUUUUCUCCGCUUCAAGACGGACGAGAACACGCGCCUCCAGGGCUUCAGUGCACUCUACGAGACAGUGUGUGGCGGUCGCUGGAUGGGACUGCAGGGCGAACUUGCGUCUCCUCGCUACCCUUCGGUGUAUCCUCGCAACCGGCACUGCAACUACACCAUCCUGGUGCCGCCGGGCAACGUCAUCAGGCUCGCUGUCCAGACCUUCGACGUCGAAAACGAUGACAACUGCAACUACGACUAUCUGGAGAUCAGUGAGCUCGCACGCAAUGGCUCGACCACUCGGAUUGGUCGCUACUGCGGCUCUUCGCUGCCGCCUGUCAUUACGUCAUCGUACAACCAGUUGCGCUUGGUGUUCCACACCGACCACUCCAACGAACACCACGGCUUCUUGGCAAACUACACGGCGGUGGAUGUCGGCUGCGGUGGCGUGCUGACCGAGUCCGGCAGCCUGGCGAGCCCUGCGACUCGUUCCGCAGCCAGCGACCACAGCGACGGCGGAGACGACGGCGCCAGUGGGGGCACUGGGGAGGCCUACCGGCACAACAUGAUAUGCCGCUGGAUCCUGCGCGCCCCGCCUGGUCACACAGUGCGCCUGAGUUUCACGCACUUCGUGAUCGAGGACUCGUCCAACUGCUCGUACGACUACAUCGAGAUACACGAUACCUCGGACCAGAUGAUUGGGAGAUACUGCGGACUGAAGGCCCCACCCACGCUGACGUCAUCAGGUCGGCAGCUGCAAGUGAUCUUCCGCACCGACGACAGUGUCACCCGAGAGGGCUUCCUCGCUCACUUCAUCUUCCUCAACGAAAGAACGGCCUGCGGUGGGGACUACUACCUAUCCCAAGGCGUCAUCAGGUCGCCUCUCUAUCCACGUGCUUAUCUAAACGACCGAGACUGCUCGUGGGUGCUGCACGUUCCCGACGGCCGCCAGAUCAGGCUGAACUUCACGCACUUCGAGAUCGCCAGCGAUCCGUCCUGUAGGCCCAGCUACCUCGAGAUCCUGAACGGGGGCCAAGCGACGUCACCGCUGGCAGGACGCUUCUGUCAGCGCAACGCACCUUCAAACUUUGUCUCCGACACCAAUACUCUCCGACUGCACUUCGUGAGCGGAAGCACCCAGCGUGCCGCAGGAUUCGAAGUCUACUACGACAGCGCACUGACAGGCUGCGGCGGUACCACGGGCGGUGCCAGCGGCAGCAUCGUGUCGCCCAACUACCCGCAGCCGUACGGCCACCAUGCCGAGUGUAAAUGGAACAUACGGGUCAACGAGGGCUCACGGAUUGCCCUCGCCGUCGUCGACAUGGACAUCGAAAGACACCAACGCUGCCGGUACGACGCACUGGAGAUCUUUGACGGCGCUUCGGACCGCGACAAGCGCCUUGCCCUGCUGUGCAACGAUCAACAGAGACCGGGACAACUGCUGUCCACCAGAAACGACAUGUUCCUUCGAUUCCGCACAGACGCCUCCACAGCCGGUCGGGGAUUCCACGUCGUCUACUCGAGCGAUUGCAACGUGCACAUCAAGAACAAGCAACAUGGCGUUAUCGAAAGCCCCAACUACCCAGAGCCUUCGCCGCACAACGCCAAUUGCACGUGGACCAUCGAAGCCUUCACGGGGCACAACAUCUCCAUCGCCUUCUCCUUCUUUGAACUGGAACAUGACAACAACUGCACCUUCGACUAUGUGGAGGUAAACGAGACGGACUCCGACGGUCAUCCGAAACGCCUGGGCCGUUUCUGUGGCCAAAUAUCACUGCCGAGUACCGUGGUGUCCUCGAAGAACAUCGUUACAGUGCAGUAUGUGACCGAUGGCAGCGUCUCGUCGCGCGGUUUCCGACUCGAGUACGCCUGGAGAGGAUGCGGCGGUGUGCUGGUGAAGCGCACAGGAAUCAUCGAAACACCCAACUACCCGCACGGCUACCCCAAGAACACUGAAUGCCUCUGGGUAAUCAAGGCACCGCUCGGACAGCGCGUGCAGCUGUCCUUCGAGGACAUGCACCUCGAGUCGAGCAGUGGAUGCCACUUUGAUUUUGUCAGGGUAUACGCUGGACCUGACUUCACGUCGCCCAAGAUUGCCGAGAUAUGCAGCGCCUCAAGUCGCGUCAGUGAGCUGAUAUCGCCUGGUGGCACGAUGACGGUGCACUUUCGCAGCGACCUGUCGAUUCAGGGCAAGGGCUUCCGCGCCACGUACCGCUUCGACCGACGAGGAUGCGGCGGCCGCUUCUCGACGCCUUCGGCGGUGAUCAUGUCACCUGGUUAUCCGGAGAAUUACGACGCCCAGGAUGACUGCACGUGGGAGAUACGCGUCGCUCAGGGGCACGUGGUCAAUCUGCAGAUACUCGACUUCGGCAUGCCAGCCAGCACCAACUGCUCCGACAGCUACCUGGCCGUUUACGACAACUUGCGCGCCGGCGGUGACAAAUUGUUGCUGCGUCACUGUGGUGACUCUCUUCCGGAUCAAGUGAAUAUCACCAGCACCUCCAACCAGCUUCGUUUGAGAAUGAAGGCCUCUGGAAUCUCGGCUGGAAAGGGCUUUAAGGCACGCUACACCACAGGUUGUGGAGCUACGUUGAACGCGGACAUGGGAGGAGUCUUUGCCACGAAGGAAUAUCCGCACUACAGUCCCGACACCGAGUGUUCGUGGAUUAUCCGUACAUCGCAGCCAAACGAGCAAGUGAGCCUGACAAUCACACACCUGAGCCUGCCACCCAACGAGUGCACGCAGUCGAACGUGACGGUGCACGACGGCGACAGCUUCGACUCGCCCGUGCUGCACACGUUGUGCACUGCCCAGCUUCCGCCGGUCAUCGUGUCCCGAGGAGGUGCACUACUGGUGCACACGUCGCAGGCCAUCCUCAGGGCCCACUACGGCACAUUCAGCUCCGGCUGCGGCGGCACAACCAAUUCGUUAGAAGGGAACGUGGCCAGCCCCGGAUACCCAGAAACGUACACGCCUUCUGUUGACUGCGUCUGGAGGAUCAAUGCUGCCGAAGGGAACAUGAUGCUGUUGACUUUUUCGUUGUUUUCCCUGGAGGAGAGCGAGUUCUGCAACAAGGACUACCUGGAAAUCCGCGAGCGCAACGCUCACGGCAAGCUUCUGGGCCGCUUCUGCGGAGACGAGACCCCGAUGAACAUCACGCUUGCUAACGGACUCUGGAUCAAGUUCCACUCAGAUGACACAGACGUGGCGGCUGGAUUCUCGGCGCACUUUGCCACAAUGCGCACCGUGGACUUGGAAGGCACGUCGGGCGUGAUCGAGUCGCCGCUGUACCCGCACGACGCCUUGGCGCUGGGAAUCUUCACGUGGCGCCUGCACGUGCCCGAUGACCUCUACCCGCGCAUCAGCUGGGACACCAUUUUCUUCACGGAACAGGAGUGCUGGACCAGCAGCCUCGUUCUCAUGGAUGGCAUCGACGAGGGCUCGCCCGAGGUUGCGAAGUACUGCGGCAGCAGGAAGCCCGAUCCCACGGUGCUUCGCUCAUCGCACGUGCAACUUCGGUUCGUGUCAGGCGGAGGCUAUGCAAAGUGGAAGAUGCGAUGGGAGGCCGUGAACAGCAGUUACCUGCCGACCAUGGAGCAAGGGUCUGUGUGCAACUUCAGAGUUCAGCUGGACAAUGCGACUUCCGUCACCAACAUCAGCUCGCCAGGCUUUCCAGAGUCGUACACGGACUACCUCAACUGCAGCUGGUCUCUAGUGGCGCCCUCAAGACGUGUCGCCAAGAUCAGCUUUAACGUGGUUGACCUCAGAAGCUGGGAACUGAUCGACAACUGCUUCUACGACUACAUCAAUGUCUACGAUGUGGAUCCCACGACAAGUUCCGAGCAGCGCAAUCUGAGAAGCAUCUGCGGGCAGAUAGCGAAGGCCGACCUGCCUGCUCCUCUGGUCAGCUCGACGCGAUUCAUGAUGCUUCGAUUUUGGAGCACUGACGCCAGUAGGAGCGAAGUGAUCGGCAAAGGGUUCUCAGCCAGCUUCCAGUCAGUGUGCGGCGGCAACAUUACCGAGCCUUCAGGCGUCAUCCAAGAGAGUGAUAUUCUCGACUCGGAGAUGCUAUGUCGUUGGCGCAUCACUUCGGACAGGAGGGUUCCGCUGAAGAUCACUAUCGAGAGCAUCAACCUGCCAUCCGACGGUGGGGCAUGCAGGGAAACCUUCAUUCAGGUUCUCAAUGGAGGACAGAGUGACUCGCCUCCUCUUGGCCAGGGCAAGUUCUGUGGCAGCUCGUCGAGGGUUCAGGAACUUCCUAAAACAUCGUCAGCCACGGCAUUCAUCACCUACCGUCGCAACAGUCCGCAGAAAGGACAAUUCCGGCUGAGGUGGGAGGAAUCGGGCAUCGAGUGCGGCGGCCCUGUUCGGUUGAGCAGGGAGGUCAAGACACGUGAGCUGACGUCGCCGGGCUAUCCUCACGGCGCGCCCGCGCAUGCUGUCACCUGCGACUGGACCGUCUCGGGUCCGCCCAGGUCGCGCAUCAGGGUGGACUUCCCCGACUCCUUCCACAUGCGCCACGGUUGCCACGAUGAACCCAAUGAGCGUCGCAAGGACUACGUCGAGGUGUUUGAUGGUGGCACCGCCAACGCACCGUCUCUUGGUUUAUUCUGUGGUUCGGACCGCGGCGACAGCCUCGUGAGCUCCGGAAACCUGAUCGCGCUACGCUACGUGCAAACCAACGCUGCGGGAGACUUCCUCGGAUUCAGGUCUACAGUUACGCUAGCCGAGUGCGGCGGCACCCUGUGGCCUUUCAACGAGCGCAGCCGAAACCUAGAGGAGCUGCGUGAGAAGCUGGCCGAAGGCUCGUUCUUCGACUGCGCUUGGCAGCUGCGCUCCCUGGACCAGACGGUGGCCGCGCUCACCGUCAGGGGGCUCACCCUCGCAGACAGCCCCGGAUGUACUGGCAUGGACUUCCUCGAGGUGCGCGACGGAAACCGUACCGGUCCAGUGCUGGCUCAGAUUUGUGGACCGAACUCGACGCUGGACGUGCAGUCCUCGGAGAACUCCAUGUUCCUGCGUGUCAAGCUCAGCUCGGGCACGCGCCACAACCCUCGUUCUCUGACUCUGCGCUGGCACUCUGAGUUCAGCCACUGCGGAGGGGAGCUGACGGCGGACGAGGGUACCUUCACUAGUCCGGGAUUCCCGAGACCCCUGGAAGAACGCCGCCAUUGCUACUGGACGAUCGCGGCGCCCGAGGGCAACCGGGUGUCGCUCAGCAUCGACGGAAACGUUAACGACUGCACGGCUGUGCUCCAGAUAAUGGAGCGCUUCUACCGACGCACCGUGGAGUGCGGCCGCGCGUUGCCGUUCACCUACGAGUCCUUCCAGAGCCGCAUCGUCGUCUCGUACACUUUCCAGCGACUCGCCGGGGGAUCGGGCAUCCGCGUAACCUACGGCACAACCAAGGAGCUUCCUUGCUAUCAGGAGCUGACCGAGACGAGCGGAACACUGGAGGCGCCCGCCGAAGCACUGACGAGUAGCAGCCACUACGGCUGCGAGUGGACGAUGGCGCUUACACCCAACCAGACUCUGGCUGUCACUAUGGACAACAUGAACUUCACCACGACUGAGAACGCAAACUGUAGGGCCGAGUUCCUGCACGUCUCACUGAGAAAACUAAAGCACGUCCUUUCGGUACCUGUGGGUGCGAGUCUAGCCAACAGACGUAGGUUGGCACAACGUGAUAUAACGGGUCGCCUCUGCAAGCAAGGGGACCGGGAAGUGAUUGUGCCACAAAACGAGCCAAUUUCUAUCCACUAUUCGAAGGCGCACAACCAAAGUUCAGGUGGCUUCAGAGCCUCGUAUCGGGUGAACGACUGCGGUGGACGGCUGAGCAUUCGCGACAACAUGGAGUUCAUCACUACUCCGAGGUUUCCUGACGACUACCCACCCAACACCGACUGUGUCUGGAUCAUCGAGCCUGACGUCUGGGGCACGCAGGUCAAGCUAAACUUCAGCAGCUUCUCCCUGGAGGAAAACUGCAGCCUGGACUGGUUGGACGUGAAGAGCGGCAGCAACGGACUGGCGCCCAGCGUGAACCAGUACUGCGGACAGCGCAGCCCCACUUCUCUCAUCGGCACCUCGUUCAUGCUCAUAUUCCAUUCGGACUCAGUGGGCACAGCCAAAGGCUUCAACAUCAGUGUCAGCGCAGUCGGCCUCGCGUGCGGCGGCCUGGUGCACGGCCGAGGUGAGCAGUCCCUGCAGUCGCCCAACUAUCCGAACCGGUACCCGGCCAACACCGAGUGCGACUGGACAGUGGACGUCCAGAAGGGAUACCGGGCACUGCUUGCCUUCCGGGGCCGCUUCGACAUCGAGGCCAGCACUAACUGCAUCGCCGACUACGUCAAGGUGUUCAACGAACGCCCGGACGGCCAGUGGGAGACACUCCCAGUGGGCAGCUACUGUGGCAUCGAGGCGCCGGCGGCCAUCGAGGCAACCACGCACCGUGCCCGCGUCCUCUUCCGCUCUAACGGAGAUAUACAAGCCGACGGUUUCCGCAUGGUCGUCACCAAGGCCUGUGGCGACCGGUACGAAGAGGACGAGGGAGAGAUCACCUCACCACGCUUCCCCGAAAACUACGCCAACAACCUGAACUGCUCCUACCUGAUCGUGGUGCCGCAGGGAAGUCACCUGGAGCUCAGCUUCGACAGCGACAACUUCGAACUCGAGAAUCAUGACACUUGCAAGUACGACAAUUUAACGCUGUACGCGGGCAAUUCAACGUCAUCGCCUGUGCUGGGAGGACCCUGGUGUGGCGUCGACGCGCCCGGUAACUACUCCGUCGCUUCUUCAGUGUUGGUGAUGUUCCGCACCGACUGGAGCAGCAGCGGCAAGGGUUUCCGUCUACGAUACCGCAUCUCGCAUUGCGGCGGGAACCUGACCGCGGAGAGGGGCACCUUCAGCCUCUUGCCGACGAUGGUGGACAGCGACAGUGGCACUUCUCGCUGCAUCUGGCACAUCUACGCGCCCGAGGGACGGGCUGUCGAGCUUCGGCUGCAGCUGGGGCCCGACCAGCACGCGACACACGGCACAGAUUGCGCCGACGCAUUCGUGGCCAGUCAUGUGCGCGUGCUGGACGGUGACAGCGACCUCGCCCCGCCCAUCGCCGUCUUCUGCGGGCGCCACGGGGGCCCGGACACCUUCAAGAGCACCGGACGCACCAUGACCGUCGUGCUCGUUGUCAACCAGAUGUAUCUGGUCGGAACUGGAUUCAGGGCCUCAUACCGCUCCACGCUCGGAGAGAAGCAGGGCUGUGGCGGCACCUUUCGCCAGGAGUCCGGUGCGCUGGCCCCGCCCAGCCGAGACAGCUCGGGCAGCUACCCAGGCGGCCCUCUCAACUGUCUCUGGACAAUCAUUGCCCGCUCGGGCUACGGCCUCGAGCUGAACGUCACGGCUCUCAACCUGGGAAGCGGAACACUCCCUUGCAACGCCGCCAGCGCCAACAUGCUGGAGGUGUGGGACUCCUUGGAUGAGCACCAGGAACCACUGAUGCGUUUGUGCGGUCAGCGACCACCCGAGGCACCGCUGCGUUCGGCCGGCAACACAUUGCUUGUGCGUUUCGUAACCAAGGCCAAGGGAGAAGGACCAGGCUUUGCCGCCGCUUUCAAAGAACUGCCACCGUUGUGCGGAGGCAGCGUCAACGUGAGCGGCGACUCGUGGCAGACCCUGCAGAGUCCAGGAUACCCCAACGCGGCGCCAGCGAACGUCCGCUGCCUGUGGGUGCUUCGAGCCCAGGAACCGGUCAUCCCCAGCGGUGCAGUGCAGGUGUUCGACACUGACGAUGCUUUCCGUGACGUCACCAUCCGCCUGAAAGAGAUGCGCUUGCCGUGCGAGGACGGCGCGUACUUGGCUCUGAUUACCACGCAGAAGUAUUUGCAGCUGCCUCCUGUGCGCCUGUGCGGUCAAAGUGUGCCCCAGGAAUGGUUGAAGCCGCACGCUUCAGCCAGCCGCGUACAGCUACUGCUCGACACGGGUCGCCGAGGAGGCCAAGCCAAGCUCAAGCUGGAGUACGGCUCUAUGGCGGACGCCAACCUGACGUACACCCAACCAAGCGGCGUCGUGCACAACGUCGACUAUCCGGGCUGGACGACCAUAACGCAUCCGACGAUGCUGACCAUCGCGCCUGUCAACGCCACAGCGACGUCCGCUAUUGCGCUCUAUUUUGUGCACUUCAACGUUGGCAACCCUGUGAACGGUUCCUGCCCCAUCGUCUUCAUGCAGGUUCGCGACGGUGGCGCUUCUUCGCGGGUCCUGGCUCAUGUGUGCGGUGACAUCAACCCUACCCCGGUGUUCUCUACCGGAAGCCAGCUCAGCGUCGUCGUCAAAAACACCGCGACGUCCCACGCUAUGGGUGGAUGGGCCGUCCGCUUCUUCAUGGUCUACUACAGCAGCCCAGCAGGAGCCCCGGCAGGUUGCGGCGGCAACGUCACAGCCAACGAGGGCGCCCUGUCUAGCCCAGGCUACCCGACGACUUUCGCCCAGCAUCAAACUUGCGCCUGGUUCGUGACUGGGCGCGCAAGGGCUACGCUGCAGCUGAGUUUCGUAGCGUUCGCCUUCAACUCGACCGCCGCCGACUGCGACUCCAACUACCUGGAAGUUUACAACGGACAUCGGGAUACCCCCGACGCCAAGAUUACACGCCUCUGCGGCCAGGACAUGCCGGCGACGCUUCAGUCUUCAGGCAGCCAACUUCUCGUCAAAAUGACCACGAACGAAAAGAACACAGGCGUCGGCUUCUAUGCCAGAUUCAAGGUUCAACACGAUGACCAGCGGACACGCAUAGGAUCGUCGCCAGAAGUAUAGCCACCCAUUCACCCCAUUCACUCUUUAAAUCGCAGCUCUAGUUAAGCAGUAGUGCUCAUCGAAGAAUUUCGCGGGAUGCGAAGGAAGACGACAGCAAACAACGCAUCAUCAUUGUAUUCAUAACUGAUUUCGGAAUGCUUCCCUUCCGAUUCACCUGCAUAUUUAUGAAGUUACAUGUUCCGGAACCAGUCGCAUAUUUCCAAACAAACAUAUUGGUCCUUGUCAUGCUUUUUUGCACGUGAAGUGGUACCUCACUUUCCCGUUUUGCGCUAAGCCGACAAACGCCAUUUGGUAAACUUCUGGAUACUUACGUUUGAAACUGAUAGGUAAUGAAUUAGUGUCGAAUUUGCUACUCAAAGUUUCGGAUAUAUUAGCAUUAGCAAACGAUUGUGUACACACGGCUUACGAAAGGAAAUGUGAUACAUAUGUUCAUGCAAUUCAACGCUUGAUCGCAUGAGACUACUAAUGCAAACCUUUUCGCCAUGUUACCAGCUGAAAGCUGAAAACACGUGACACUGUCUGACGUCAUCUUGUUCCACGGCUUCUACGCUUUCUGCUUCCGUCCUGUAACAGAGAAUCAAAUGCGCACGUUUUGGCAUUUCAGAGUAAAUGCAAAAUAAGUAACAGCAGAUUCUGAUAAGCGCUGAUGGCAGUCAAAGCCACCAAUGCAACUAGAAUUCAAAUAUUGCAGCGCCAAGAAAACCUACAGCUUCCUGCCAUGCUAGAGUUUACCCAUUGGACGUACAAUUCUAAAUUAGCAAAAGUGCGCAUCGCUUGCCAAAGGUAAUACGAUGCUCGUGAGGAUUACAUCUCGUAGCGAUGCUACGCGAUUAAUGAAGUUUACGUAACUUCUUUAAAUUCGCAGUUACAUAAUGUCAUUGUUCCUGGUGCCUACGCUUUCUUUUUUUUCUGGCCAACAGGAGUAAUAGCAGAAAGCCGCCGUUGAGCUGCGUCAAGGAACAUAACACCACGAAAAUAUUUGUAUUUUCAUGACAUCGUCAUCUGCCGUCAGAGAUUCUUCUAUUGCAAUUGUAUAGUAAAAGCAUCAAUAAAUUAUGUUAUUUAAGGCG